CUUGUUACAGCAGACUUAUGAAGUUAUGCUUGACGGCCAAUACCCCGACCAUACUAAGCUACUACUAUUCUUUGCGCUGUUUGGGCUGGCAACAUUAGACGCCACACUCGAAUUCUUGCACACUCUAGACACCACACAGGACCAGGCCACAGCGGCCCUCAAGACGUACACGCAACUGGGUUGCUUUAUUGCCUCCCAGCCCCAAAUUCAGCCAUCAACCAACGCGCUCGUAGGUAUAUGGAUCUUACACUGGCUAUGCACCUGCGAGAGCGGCCAUUCGGUAGAAGCCCAUCUACUGCGAGCCAGAGGUAUACUAAUGGCUCGCGCGAUGCAAACACAGUGGCUCGACACUCCCAGGGCGCGGGAGGAACGGAGAUUGAAGGGCUGCGAUGUGGUCGAACUUGAGGUCAAGCGGCGGCUGUGGUGGAUGAUGGUUGCCACCGACUGGGUUGUUGCCUACUCCACAGGGCCCCAGGCUGGAACAUACCUGUUCCAUCCCAAGCACAUGUGCGUCCAUUUACCGACUAAUGCAGACGACGAGCACAUCACGCCAGACGGUAUAUCGCACGUGCAGCCGACAACCGAGCCAACGGUAGUAGUAGGCAUCAUUUACCGUGUAGGGCUCACCACGCUGUGUCGAGAGACCGUGGACGCAUUACCCUCUGCAAUAUUUGAGGGCCUGGAACCCGACUACAGCAUCAUCCUCAGUUUGGAUGCACGGUGGCAGGAGUAUCUCAGAGGUCUCCCGACGUUCUAUCAGAUGGACCCAGAAUCCAUUCGGCAGUCCGAGAAGAUUUGCGCCCAACGUCCCGAUAUUGCGUUUCAGCGGACGACGGCCAAUGUCGCCACUCACACCCAGUUAUGCCGGCUGCACCGUCCAUAUCAUCUCAAGGCGUUCAAGAAUCAAAAGUACCUGCCUUCGCGCCAGGCCUGUGUCCGCUCUGCGCAGGCAUUACUGAACCUUCGCCGCCCGAUUAAUGGAGAGCGAGAUUCUCCGCCUGCGCAGACACCAAACACUUUCCGGGUUGCUGUGCCGCAUCUCCUCAUGGCCGCGCUGACUUUGGCAGCCGAUACCUUUUUCAACCCUACCGCGCCAGACGCAGAUGCACGAGAAGCCAAAAUCCUCACGGCCUACGACAUCGUUGAAAACGCGACCGAGGAAUCAUGCGGGUUUCGGCUGAAUAACCUACGCACGCUCAUGUCCAUGCUGGGAAACCGACAACCCGCUGCCCUUCCUCAGCCAGGCAGCUUGAUAGCCUCGUCCGAUGGCAGGGGAACACCAUUUGAGCGACAAACCUUUGACAGCAUUCUUCUCCGUGGAAUCGGCCAGGAGACGCUGAAUGAGCGUGGGCCUUGGAAUCAGAACUGGCCUCAGCUUUGGUCGGAGUUUCUGGUGGUCGCGCCGGGGCUGGACUUGAAGUAUUGGGAUAUCCUGUUUGAUGGUCCAGAUGGAGUCUGA